AUGAGUUCUAAAGAUCCAUUGUUACUGAAGAAACAUAGGAAUAAACGAAAAUAUUCAACUGACGAUGUUGAAACUGGUGAAGUUGGAAGUUAUGAGGAUGAAGAUGAUGGUGAAUAUGGUACAUUGUUUAAGAUAAUACCUUAUUUAAGUACAUUUUUAAUUGGAAUGGGUACUUUAUAUUUCUUUACAGUGUUUUUACCAGAAUACUUCAUUCCUGAAUCAACUGACUUGGUUGGGAUCCCUCAUAUAUCUGAAUUAGAUGUUAUACUUAAACCAAUCACAUCUACCAGAGCUUUGGACCUUAAACUGGGGAAAAACGUGGACCUUGAUGAGAAUGAGAAUGACGAUGAUGAUGAUGGCGAUGAUGAUACCCCUUCAAAAGCAGUGGAAAGAUUGAUUCUUAUAGGUGAUAUCCAUGGUCAUUAUACUCAAUUCCGAAAAUUAUUAAGCACUAUCAAUUAUAAUAAGAAAAAUGAUCAUUUGAUAGUAUUAGGGGAUUUCAUUACUAAAGGAUCAGAUUCAUUCAAAGUAUUAGAAUAUUUAAUCGCUAAUGAAAUUGAUUGUAUCUUAGGUAAUCAUGAAUAUUAUGUAUUACAGAAUUAUGCUACGUUCCAUCGAUUAGAAGAACCUCAUUUCACUGGUAAUCGUACCCAAUUCUCCAUCAAGGAAGAUUUCAAUUCAGAUGCUGAUUACUUAUUAGCUAAGAAAUUAGAACCUCAUCAUGUUCAAUACAUAAAUCAAUGUUCAGUCAUUAAGAAAUUAGGUGAUGUCCCAGUUCAUAAACCUAAGAAUAAUGGUUCACCAUAUUCAGCUCCUGGUAUAGCUGUUCAUGCUGGGAUUAGAUGGGAUUUACCCUUAGAUGAACAAGAUCCAAUUGAUAAUUUAGAAAUGAGAUCGUUAUUAGGUCCUUAUUUCAAUGAAACUACUCCUGAUCCUGAAGAAGAAGAUGCCAUAAGUUGGUCCAAAAUAUAUAAUUUAAAACAGAAGGAAAAAGAUGAUAAUGAUGAACCAACCAUGGUAGUAUAUUAUGGUCAUGAUGCAAGAAGAGGACUUAAUUUGAAACAAUACACCAAAGGUUUAGAUAGUGGUUGUGAUAAAGGUGAUCAAUUAAGUGCCAUUUUGAUUUGGAAAGAAAUUCAUACCCUGAAAAAGGGAAAGAAACAUAUCUUGUUUAAAGAAGAAGCUGUACUGGUUAAUUGUUGA